UGUAUCAUAGAAGAAUAUCUACAAGAAACUUCUAACAUUUGUACAAUUUUGACUCACAUUUUGUUACUGAUUGUUCUCUUCUGCAAACCUAUAUUUUUGAAGCUGUGUAUGGAGAGCUCGGCACUUUUCCACGUUGAACUUCACUUAGCCCAGUGCUCAGAUUUCUCUGUAUCCUUCAGGACACUGAGCCCUAAUGUUAGUUUUCUGCUCGAUCACAGCCGUGAUGGCAUUGUACUCAGCACCGAUGAUUACUUUCGUCAGCGAGAUGGAUAUACAUACAAUGCUGCUCAGCUGGGUGAUGCACAUGACUGGAACCAGAAGAGAGCCAAACAGGCAAUGGAACAGGGAAAAUCUCCAGUUAUAAUAGACAACACUAAUACUCAAGCCUGGGAGAUGAAACCAUAUGUGGAAGUGGCUCUAGAAAAGGGGUACAGAGUGGAGUUCCGUGAGCCAGAUACUUGGUGGAAAUUUGAUCCUGAAGAAUUGGAAAAGAGGAAUAAACAUGGGGUCACUCGUGAGAAGAUUGCUCAGAUGUUGGAACGAUACGAAUAUCAAAUAUCCAUACCUAUUGUCAUGAAUUCAGAGUUACCUCCUCACAAACACACACAGAGGCCACCUCUGCAGCGGAGACAUAGGUGGGGAGGCAAUACAGACUCAUGGAAUUCUUUCAGUAUUUCCAGUAACCGAUAACAGUUUCAGUCAGUGAUAAAAAUCUGUUACUUCCCCUUCUAAAAAAACGUCACCACCUCCAAUAAACCAGUGGAUUUUCUGGUUUAAAUAGGCCUGGUUCAAGACCAUUUCCUUCUGGAGGUUGUUCCUUUAGUGGACUUUCAUGUAAAUAAAAUUGUAUAUUAAAUGUUUUUAAAAGCUAUAUUUAUUACAGUUGUAGUAAGUUUGGUUUCAGUAAAAUAUUUGAUACGAGGUAUAGCAUAGUCUUUCUACAUAAACCUAAAACAAAGAUGUUUUCAUACAACAAAUAACUGUAUAGAAGGUACUCUUUAAAGAAGGUCCUGUUAGAUAUCUUUGAAAACUAAGUCCCAAAAGAAGAGAUUAUUUAUGUAUUAAUCAUUAAUUUUAAUGAGUCUCAUUAUCUUUGAUGAGUACUUUUUUUUUUUUUUUUUAAAACAAUGAUGUCCCGGGUUGUGCUUUUGUUUUAACUCGUAGAUAUUGCCAAGAACUAUUGGCAAAAAGAAGGCAUGUAUUUUGUGGUUCAUCUCAGAAGCUCACCUCUGCUGAAGCAACAGUAUUCACCAGCCUUAAACUCUGUGACCUCGAUUUUUCUAACUUAUUUAUUCAUUCUCAACAGCAGACUACAGAAUAUGAUGGUGUCUCCACACCAUUGACUUUUUUGUGUCUAAAAAACUUAAAUUUUAUCACUGCAGGCAAAAUUAAAUCUUUCUUAGUCCAUUUCUUUCAUCUAAAACAAAGCACUUAAUUCAUUAGACUGUCAGAUCUCAUCAGUUGGGAUGCAUCCAUUCAAUACAAAUAAUGGGUAUACCUCUGUAAUAUUGUGUUCUUACUUUGGCACAGCCAACGUGAUCUGUUCAGCACAUAACAGCAAAAGAACCAGCAUGGAGAUAGACUAAUUUAUUACUUUUUUUUUUUUUUGCUUAAAAACUGAUGAAUUCAUAAGCUUUCACUUUGCUUGCUUUCUAACUGCUUACUGUAUUAAUAAAAUAUAUUUGUCUUCAGUGUUGUUUUAGUAAUUCAGUACAAGUUUUUUAUUCUUAAGCUUUUAUGCAGAUGAGCACUGCUACUAACCUGUUGGCUGAAACAACAACUCUUCAGGUCUGACUGUUUGAUUUUCUAAAACACUGAAUGAGUAGAUCUUGAAGAGGAAGGAUUGUGAAGAGUAUGAGAACCUAGCUCAAACAAUUCUUUUUUCUAUUUUGUUUUUAUUACAAUGUAAUAGUCAUCAGAAUUUUGAAAAUUGUGAAGCCAGCAUGAUUUUCAUUUUUUAUUUAUAGACAGUUUGUCAUAGAUGCCCUAAAAGGUGCUUUAUCUUUAAAGUCUGAGUAACAAAACCUGAAAAUCCAGGUAUGUAAUGAAGUAUCUUUCUGUGGUUUUUCACAACUACUGUGCAAGUCUACAUUUGUACAAUUUAACCCAUGUCAAGAAUAAUAUUUUUCUAAGGGAUUUGAUAAACUGUAGGAGUUGGUGUGCAUUUCACAUUUAAAUAAUUGUUUUAAUGAUUUGAAAAAUAAUGCAAGUAGUGCAUGGAUUCUUAAUAUAUUCAACUGUGUAUACUUUUUUUUUAAAAAAAGCUCUCCCUUGUUAUAUAAUAUUUAUACCAAUUGUGUUACUAUAUCUUAAUUUCCAUGGUCACUUUUUUCUUGUCUCAAGAGAAUUGUGGAAAUUAUUGUCAAUGAUCCAUAAUGCUUUAAUUAUCUACAUGUUUUUAUAUUUCAUUAUAAAAGUACACUUCAAAUUAGAAGGAGUUUAAUUUUUUUUGAGAUAGACUCAUCUAAUUUACUCACGUGAUCUAUAGUACCUUAAACCAUAAUAAAGGGAUGAAGUAAUGUACUGUUCACAGAGCGUGCUGAGAUAUUACCAAAAAGUAAUCAGUAGAAAAGUACUAAGUAAAAAAAAAAAAAAA